CCGUUGUAUGUUAUCGAUGUUUGUUUGGUUUUGUCUUCCUUGUUCACCUGUUUCCUGUUAGUGUUAAUUAUGUUCCCUAUAUGUGUCUCGUUUUGUUUGUAGUGAGUUGUGUGUAAUUGUUCCGCCUGUCCGUAGGUGCUGGUAUUUUGCUCUAUUGUGUUUUAGAGUCCAGACGCACUUUUGCGUAUUGCUUGUGCAUUGGAGUGUUUUUGCGCACUGUUGCGUAAUCGCUCGCCUCCUUGUUUGUUGAGGCCAUUUUCUUUGUAUUUCGUGUCCUCGAGUAAAGUCUGUUGGAAGUAGCUUCUGUGUCCUGCGCCUGACUCCUACACCACAUCCACAUCAGCCACUGACAGCGUUUGGCUUAACAGUCCACAGACUCAUAACAAGAAAACAAUUGCGACAGAGUUUGUUCACAGGAAAACUCUGUAGGGACACUAAAUACACACAUACUGUACAGUACCGUCAGAAAACACAAUAAUAAUUCACAGCCAGCCACCUAGCCAGCCAGACAGACAAAGCUCCAUGACUGUAUGUAGCUACUAUAAAACCAAUGGGGUACUAAGAGUUAUGAAUUACAUGUUUGCCCACAGUGUGCCAAAAAUGUUCAACUAUUUUCUGCUUCUCCUGUUUUACAGGGUCUCACUCUCAAUUGGAUGUGUGUGGAAUCUCUCCUCUCAACACUAGGAUCGUGGGGGGUUAGGAUGCUCCUCCAGGGAGUUGGCCAUGGCAGGCCAGUCUGCAGAAAUCUGGCAGACAUUUUUGUGGGGGAUCCCUUAUCAACAAAGAGUGGGUGCUGACUGCUGCUCACUGCUUUCCCAGCACCAGUACAUCAAAUUUGGUGGUCUCCGUGGGUCGUCAGAGCCAGGAGGGCUCCAACUCCAAUGAGGUGAGCCGGACAGUCACUCAGAUCAUCUGCCACCCCAACUACAUUAGUAGUACCAGUGACAACGACAUGUGUCUGCUGAAGCUCUCCUCCCCCGUGACUUUUACCAACCACAUCCGGCCAGUCUGCCUGGCAGCACCAGGCAGCUCCUUCUAUGCUGGCACUACUAGCUGGGGCACCGGCUGCGGCACCAUCAGCAGUGGAGAAAAUCUAAUCUCAGUGCUUGUGACCACCACUACGACCACAACUGCCGCUACUUCCACCACUACCACCACAGCUACCCCUACCACACCGACUACCACCACAGCUUCCCCUGCGACCACCACUACAACCACAACUGCCCCUGUGACCACCACUACCACCAAAACUGCCCUUGAAACCACUCCUAAAGCCGUGGUGUGUGGCAGUGUCUCUUUGAACUCCCUUACUGGUAUGGACUCGGUGUCAAUGGGCUCCUGGCCCCGGAUAGCCAGUCUACAGACAAAUGGAACACACGUCUGCGGGGGCACAACGGUAUCAGAGGACUAUGUCAUGAGUGAUGCUGGGUGCUUCUCCAGGUGUUGCCUGUGUGGGGCCUCACACUCCCUCUUCCCGCUGUACUGAUGAUUGUUGUUGGUCUUUACAUUAUUUUCCUUGCAAUGGCGUUAUGGUUCCGCCAAUGCCUCAAGGAGCAGUGUUGUCCUGAGUGUGGUGACUGCUGUCCAAAUAUCGCCCCAUUCGAUUACUGUUUAGCAUGUGCAGAGUCGUGCAACUGUCGCAU